AGGGGACUAUUUUCUCCAGACAGCUGUACCACAGAACGCGCUGACCAGUGGCACAAAACCCAAGUUAGCUGUGGCAUGCCUUCUGCCAUUUGGAAGAGGAAGAGAAAAAGCUUUUCGCGAUGUUGUGACGCCAUCACCAAGGGGCCAUACGUGAACGAGACGAAGCUUCGUUCACGCCGGCAGCGCGUCCAACAGACACGCAGGUUUAAACAUGGAUGUGUUGUAUGGUCCGUUGGGCUUGGGUGUAUUAACAGGACUGGGCUGUGGGCUCUUCCUCGGCUGGCACAUUCGGGGACGCUUUUUUGGCCCAGCAUCCAAAAGCCUGAGGGAGGCGAUGGGCAAUGGCACCAGUGAGGCAAGUGUGAUGGGAGAAGGAGGCGAGUUCAAGAUGAUUCUUGUGGUCCGUAAUGACCUGAAGAUGGGCAAAGGAAAGGUCGCUGCCCAAUGCGCCCAUGCUGCUGUGACAGGUUACAAGCAGGCCCAGCGCAGGAACCCCGAGCUUCUCAAACAGUGGGAGUACCACGGCCAGCCCAAGGUGGUGUUGAAGGCCCCUGACGAGGACACCCUGCUGGAUCUGCUGGGUCAAGCCAAAGAAAUAGGGCUUCCUGUCAGCCUGAUCCAGGAUGCGGGAAGGACACAAAUUGCACCUGGGUCACGCACUGUGUUGGGUAUCGGUCCAGGCCCAGCUGAUCUGAUUGAUAGUGUCACUGGAGACUUGAAGCUCUACUAGAGUUCCAGUUUGCAUAUGUAGGACUUGCAUACAAUUUCUUUGUUGUUAAAACCAUUUGCAAUUUAAACAAAGUUGAGCUACCAUGAGUUUGUAUUUUUAUAAGAACAAUGGACUCAUAACAUGUCAACUACUUGACUUUAUUGUGCAGUUUUGUGCUCGUAAUGCCUGUCAUAUUAUCAGUGGGCUCUUGGAUAGCAGUAAUAAAAGCUUAAUGUUUAUUUCUUUGCUGAUAGUUCUGUGACAGUGGCACAGUAAAUUUUUCAUGCUGCAGUCCUCCACACCAACCAGUCUGGUAAGGCCUGGAGUUUAAGACAUGAUGCUCACAGGAAAUGUAUGAAAAACAUGAAUUCUGUCAAAAAGAAAUCGAGCAAGGCAGUAAUUUGAUGUUAUUGUUGAUCGUUUCAUUAGAAUUACAGCACUACAAAAUGAUCCACAAGUUAUGUCCUCAAAGACAAAAAUCAAUCAACAAAAUAAAUUCUGAAAUGAGGUAAAAAUACACGAAGUUACCACAAUGAAGUUUGAUGUAACAUGACUUUACAUUGCAGCAGUAGAGCAGCUUGGAUGUAAUAUCAAUAUUGUGAUGUGACUGAGUCAUUUGGAUUUUGUUAUAAAACAAUGAAGUAUCCUAA